CGGAGGUAAUUCAUUUAGACAGAAUACAGUAGCAGAGAGAAAGUGAAAAGCCAAGCUACAUUAUGGGAGGACAAAGUAAUAACUAGGUUCUACAAAAGUGUGAGAGAUGGGUGGAUGGAUAAACAGAGGGAGAGAUUUAAUAGGUAGGGCAUGAAAGAAACCUUGCACAUGAAAAUCCAUGGUAACAGUGAUAAUGACUAUCCACGUGGAAACAAACACAAAAGGGAGCAAUAAUUGAAAAAUGAAAGAGUAGAGAGGCUGAAAACCUUGGCUCGGGUCCUUGUUAAUGCAGUGGAAGUAGGGGCAAAAAGAAGGUGGUGAAGGAGGAGGGCAAGGGGAGACGAGAAGCAAGGGGUGGUCUGUAGAGUGACAUGAGAGGCAGUAUUUCUUAGAGGAGAGCCGGGGAGACACAGCACACUUAAUCCAGCUGCCUGAGAGAGAGAGAGAAAGAGAGAGAGAUCCCAAGACAAUCUAGAAGAAGGAGCAGGCAAUUUCCAGCCCUUCAAGCUGAUACACUCUCCCCUCAUUACACACACACACACACACAGAGGAUUUUCCUCAGUCAGACCACACCGUGGCAGGUGGCCUCUGCCCAGAUCGGUAGCUGUGGUCGAAGCCAUCUUACGCUGAGGUUUGGAGCUGAGCUUUGGAUCCUCCCUGACCAUUCGAGCGUGAGCAGAGUUAGAGUGGAGCUUCACUUUCUUUCCCAGUGCAGAGAGACCGCACGCCAGGCACGAGGCUCCCCACUCCUCCCCUCUCCCACUCUGCCUUUUCCUGGGCUCCCGUCCAGAGAAUGACUGGCUCCAGUGGACCCAAGAGGAGGAACGCAGCCUGAGGAUACAGUACAGCAGCUCCCGCCUGCCUGCCUGCCUGCUGGGACACACAAAUGCAUUGAGGUUUUGCAAAUCAGCUCCAACACCUUUGUGGGAUUCACUUAUUUUUAUUUUUUUUUUUUCUGUCAUCAGAUCAGAAAGACUGGAUCUAAACUGGGCGUACAGACAGACAAACAAACAGACGGACUGACAUAUGGACAGAGAGCAGUGGGCACUGCGGCGUGAAUGUAGCAACUGGACUUCUCUUCUCCCUGGUUACUAAGACUAAACAAGGAUAAUAGCCAGAGCACUAUCCUGUCCUCCGAGGUAGUGGGUGGAUGCAGCUUUCAUCGCACUGCUAUAGGGAAAGCAGAGACUGUAUAGAGGCUGCAGAGAUACAUCUAGUCGAUCCACAUUGGGGUGAUCAUCAGAAAAUGGACUGUUACCUCUAAGUGGACUUCUGUUGGAUCUCUUAUUUAACAUUGUUUGCAGGAACUUGGAGGGCAAAGACUUUCUUUUCAUGGACUUUGCUGCCCAUGUUGAGCGGACUUGCAGGAUUUCCGAGUAGAUGAACGUGGAGUGAGCGUCUCAUUGAGGAUGGCAGAGCUCAUAAGGACUGUGUAUCUGACACUGAUGCUGCUGUAUCUCGUUCUGCUGGGCACGGCUCACACAGCCCACAGCAUCUACCCAAGAAUUCGGCUCUCACACAAAGAGCUUUGGCAGCUGAACAGGACCUGGGUGUUUCAGGGACAUGGAUCGUCUCUUCAGCCCCAGACCAUGCUGCUGGAUGAGGGCCAUGAGAGGCUUUACGUUGGGGCCAAGAAUACUCUGUUCUCGCUUAGCCUGGACCGGGUUAACACACACCACAGAGAGAUCCAGUGGGCCAGUACAGAAUCUCAGAUAGAGGAGUGUCUGAUGAAGGGGAGGGAAAAGGCGGAGUGUGCUAACUACAUCAAGGUCCUGCAACAGUACAACCAGACCCAUCUGCUGGUGUGUGGAACAGGAGCCUUUAGCCCCCUCUGUGUCCUGGUCAGAGUCGGCCACACAGGCCAGGACAGAAUGUUUGCUCUUGAGGAAGACAGCAUCAUGAGUGGCAGAGGACGCUGUCCUUACGACCCCAACAGUCCCUGCACGUCUACGCUCUCCAGAGGAGAGCUGUAUAUCGGCCUGUACACUGACUACUGGGAGAAUGAUGGUGCUUUCUGUCGACUUAACAACCAGACCUACACACGCACCGAAAGAGACGACAGGCAGCAACUCAACGAACCCAAAUUUGUCGGGUCAACAGUUAUUCCUGACAACGAUGACAGGGACGAUGAUAAAGUUUACUUCUUCUUCACUGAGCGAGAAAUGGAUGCCGAGGGAGUGAACAAGGCUGUGUAUACUCGUGUGGGGCGAGUCUGUGCGAAUGACCAAGGAGGGCAGAGGAUGCUGGUGAAUAGGUGGAGCUCCUUCCUGAAAACUCGUCUCAUCUGCUCUGUGGCUGGACCCAACGGCAUCGAUACACACUUUGAUGAACUCGAGGACGUGUUCGUGCUCAAGAACAAGGAUGGAAAAAACCCAGAAAUCUUUGGCCUGUUUAGCACAACGAGUGCGGUGUUCAAAGGCUACGCAGUGUGUGUCUAUCACAUGGACGAUAUCAGAGCAGCCUUUAACGGUCCGUUUGCCUACCGAGAAAGACCCGAGCAUCACUGGACACCUUACGAGGACAAAGUCCCCUACCCUCGACCUGGAUCUUGUGCCAGUAAAGUGAACGGCGGCGGCUUCUCCAGCUCAAAGGAGUUUCCUGACGAGGUUUUGCGGUUUGUGCGUUCUCAUCCUGUGAUGUAUCGUCCAGUCCUUCCCCAGCACCGCAGACCUGUCCUGCUGCAGACUGAGCCAGGCAGAAGAAAGCUGACCCAGAUCGCUGUGGACAGAGUCCAAGCCCAGGAUGGACACUACCAUGUUCUCUACAUCGGCACUGACGACUCAGUGGUGUUGAAAGUUAUCACCAUCUACAACAAAGACACAGACACUAUGGAGGAGGUGCUGCUGGAGGAGCUUCAAGUAUUCAAGGUUCCUGCACCAAUAAGAGAAAUCAUAAUAUCUCCUAAAAGGCAACAGCUGUAUGUGGGGUCAGAGGUGGGUGUGGCCCAGGUCAGACUGCAUCAGUGUGACCUCUAUGGCUCAGAAUGUGCUGAUUGCUGCCUGGCCAGAGACCCUUACUGCGCCUGGGAUGGUCUGACCUGCUCCAGAUACUACCCUGCUGGAGUCUACACCAAAAGCAGACGAUUCAGGCGGCAGGAUGUUCGCCAUGGCAACGCCGUCCAGCUGUGCAAUGGGCUGCAAAUUGAUGAUGAGCAGUGGCACAGAGCUGAGGAGAGGCUGGUGUACGGUGUGGAGAGCAACAGCACUUUACUGGAGUGCGUCCCUCGGUCACUUCAGGCCAAGGUCCUUUGGUUCCUGCAGAAAGAUGGAGAGAAACAGGAGGUUCGAGGCGAUGAGCGAGUUGUUAUAACCUCACACGGGCUGCUGUUUCUCCGAGUGAGAAGCUCUGAUGCUGGCGUGUACGUGUGCCAGACUGUGGAACACGGAUACGUGCACACAUUAUUACGUAUCUCACUACACGUGCUCAGAGGGGAGAGGGUGGAGUCAGCCAUCCACAGGGCUAAUGAUGGGAACGGAGAGAAAGCUGCUCCUCAGUGCCACUCCUCCAUCGGCCCCCCACCAGGCCCCAGCGUCAGCCCCAGGGCUCUGCUGCCUUCCUCAGUCCCAGGCCCCCACUCCAGGCUGUGGUACAAGGAGUUUCUCCAGCUGAUUGGCUACGGGGAUGCCCAGAGAGUAGAGGAGUACUGUGAGAGAGUGUGGUGCUCUGAUAAAAAACGUAAAAAGACCAAAAGGAAGUAUGUUCCUAUGGGUGGCGAGAAGAGAGGGAAGGGGAGAGGGGAGGAGAACUCCCACCGAGCGCCCAGGCACACCUUGGACACCUGAGGAGAACUGAGACUGACUACACACACAUACACACACACACACACACACACACACUCACAUAGUCUAAAGGUCGGACUCACUCAGUGUUUGCACCAUGUAAAAGGUUUUCACUUUGCUUUUAACGCGAGCAGUACCAGAAGAACAACAGCAGCAGGCUGUUGAGCUGUUGUAGCUACAUUUAUCACUCAGUAGUUUGACUGUGAUGUUUAUUUUAAAAAGCAACAUUUUGCCUUUUUUUGUGUGUGUUGUGUAAACUGAUUAUGUGGUGCAGACCCUGGGUAAAUACUGUCAACGUCAGUGUCAGAGCGGAGGCCCCUUGGAGGAGAGGGGCGACUGAUUUAGAGGCGUUGCCUCUGAUCUGAAGAGACAGAACAUAAUAUAUCAGCUCCUGUGGACUGACCCAGCCCAACCCAGCUGUCAACCCAAACGCACACAGAGACGGCUACACCUCCGCCCCACCUCUCAUUCAGUAACCCCAUAUGACAAACUUAGACUGUAUCUAUUAUGAGAGAAAACUACGUAAAAGGUAAUGGCCUUCUAAUCUUUUUUUUGUACUACGAUAACUUAUUUCUUUACUUUGAGUUCUGUAGUAGUUUUUAGAUGUCAUAAACUGGAAAAUAUGUAGUGUUGUUGUUUUUGUACAGUGAAAAAUGCCUUGAGCUUUAUGAUUAUUUGAUUAUAAUGUGGUCAUGGCUGUGGUGUGUGUGGUUAUUAUGGUCAAGAUGCAUACAGUAUGAUGUUGCAAUGCCACUAUUAUGGAUAUUUGAGGCAUGUUUUGGUUAUAAUUAUGCCCUCAAUGAAAAUAAUUCCUAUUUAAGCACUUGUUGAAACUGUUACAGUAGCUAAAAAGUGGUCCUAUCAGUUGAUGUUAUUGUUGUUGUAAGUGUCUACAUUUACACCGGUUGUGAUCAAAUGUAUCAACAGUAUUGUGUGUGUUGUAUAUUGUAUUUAUCUAACAUUCAGGGUGGUCUUUGUGUGCACAUCUGGUAACUAAUUGUGUAUCCGAAAAGUCAUCCCUCUCUGCAGGCUGCUCCCUCCUCUCUCUCUCUCUCUCUCUCUUCUUCUCCCUCUAUCACCCCUUCAUUUCCCCCCACAUUUGUUCAUCUGUAACGAUGUUGCAGAUGGGAUUCAUAAUUACCACCACAAAACAGCGAUGUAGAACACCACAUUUCCCUCAGAAGGAAAAAAAGGACAAAUAAAUGUUAGGGUGACCAUCCAAGCAUGCCAUUAGCAAAACUGAUGAAUCAGCCUCAUGAAUAUUCAGUUAAUCCUAAAAUGACAAAAAAACAUCAAACAAUCUGAUGUUACAGUGAAAUGCAUUGUAGUGCAAUAGAGUGUGGAGGAUCACCUCUUUUUUCAUGUUGUGCCUUAUUUAUCUGUUAAUUUUGUCACUUUAAAGUUUCGACCUAGCUGUAUUUCCCCGUAUUUAUAACGGGGUCUCUGUCAAGGCCUUAUAUCGUCACUCAUUGCUCUCCUUGAAUAUUCCUCAACUAAGAGUUUGACGUAGAUUGAAAAUGAUGUGUCUGCUAUAAACCUUAUAAAUACCUGCCAUUAAAAAAAGAU